CAGAGAGUCAGGAUUAUCGAGAGAACGACGGGAGGCGGAGGGUAACCGUGACCAGAGUAACUGAGGGUGUAAAAUAACCAUUUAAAUCAACACAACCAUUUUAUUUAAUCACCUCAAGUCAACUUAUCGGUGUCUCCAACACGCGUCCCACUAGUUAAACCAUGUCCACCCCGGCUAGAAGAAGACUUAUGAGAGAUUUUAAACGGCUACAAGAGGACCCUCCAGCUGGUGUCAGUGGUGCCCCGUCUGAGAACAACAUCAUGGUGUGGAAUGCGGUCAUAUUUGGCCCUGAAGGAACUCCUUUUGAGGAUGGUACAUUUAAACUCAUUGUAGAGUUCACAGAAGAAUACCCCAACAAACCCCCUACAGUUCGAUUUGUGUCGAAGAUGUUUCAUCCAAAUGUCUAUGCAGAUGGUAGUAUAUGUUUGGACAUCCUACAGAACCGUUGGAGUCCCACCUAUGAUGUGUCCUCUAUUCUUACAUCUAUCCAGUCCCUGCUUGAUGAGCCAAACCCCAACAGUCCAGCCAACAGUCAGGCAGCUCAGCUGUACCAGGAGAACAAGCGGGAGUAUGAGAAACGUGUGUCCGCCAUCGUAGAACAAAGCUGGAGAGACAGUUGACCUGACAAUCCUGCUCGCUUCUCUCUUCAUUGUCAAGCUGUGUGUGCUGCAAGUUUUAGUGGAGUACCUCUUAAUUUUUGGGCCCCCCCCACCUUUUUGAUUUUAAGCUUUUAUGCACUUUACCUUCAACAUCCCUUCAUAGAAUGUUUUCUUUUUGCCCGCCAAGAGGGAUUUAUUUUUUCUAUUCUACCCCCCCUUUUCCAUUUCAGGGGAAAUGUGCUGAAUCUUGCCUUGUUGUUUUGUCAGUAUGGACUUGUGGGCCGUUACCCAAAAAUUCUGGUGUGUUCUAACUUGCUGUAGUAUCUCCCCAUGACUAAUUAUGUGAAAUGUCUUGGAGGGUGUAUCAAUUGAGUCAUGAUUCCUCAUCUGUUGUGCUCCUGAUCCCCUCCAUCAGUUUGUCUGGGCUCUCCAUCAUCCCACCUUUUCUGUGGAGAACGAGCAGCCCGAGCAUCACAGACUUUUACUAAAUCUGACAUCUCUACACCGUGUGUCUUGCUGUGUUGUGAACUCUGUUACAUGCAUGACAGAAAGAGUGUAUUCACGUUCCUGUUCAGUACUCAUGUAUAUAAAAAACCUGCAACUGAAUUUAUGUACAGAUUUUGCACUGGUUGUCUCCCAUGUCAUUUUUUUCAGCACUUGUAAAUAAAAAAGGCAAAGUCAUCCUUCA